UCUUCACUCGUUCAGUCCGCAGUCUCUCCACAGCAGAUCAAAAAAAAAGACAGCGGUCUUUUCAAAAAAAAAAAAAAAGACAGCGGCGGCGGCCGGAGCGGAGCCGCGCCGCCGGCGACCUCAAUCGGCCCCGUCCCCGGCAGACACCCACGGAUCGAGCUCGUCGGCGCCCGUGUCCGGUCGGAAGGCGGGGACGCCGCGCGCGCGUCUUCAUCCUGCCGCCAAAACCGUGCGAGGAGGCGGCCAUCUCUCGACCCCACAUCCGAUCCCUCUGCGCCGGGUCAUCGGCCAGACGUUUGUUGAUCUCCAAGAAUAAUUCUUAUGUGAUGUCUGCAUGUGCUGGAAAGGUAUCAAAGGUGCUCGACGACGAUGACCUCCUCAGGGAGAUCAUUAUCCGCGUCGGCUUCCCCACCACCCUUGUCCGUGCUGCCCUUGUCUGCAAGCGCUGGUACCAUCAUGCCUCUGAACCCGCCUUCCUCCGCCAUUUUUGCGAGCGCCACCUGUCCUGCCUCCUUGGCUUCUACGUCGAGGAUAGGGAAGAUCAUAAAAUGGCUUCUAUUCGGUUCUUCAGUUUGCUAAAUAAGCCCCGAGAACUUGCUGCCAUCGUCCGCUCUCUGCUGGGCUACAGUUGGGACGCCUACCGCAGCGCGCCGGCCAACUUCCUCUGCUCCCGGAACGGCAGAGUCUUCAUCAGCUUGUACGACCAGGUCAACCGCAGCAAAUUUACAGUUGGGGCGCACAGUCCAUUAUGUCCUGAGAGAGGCCUGACUGUUGUCCCACCAUUCCCACACAUUGAAAUCCAGGAUGGCUAUUCCCGCACGAUGAAUGAUCUCUUCUCCGUAGAUGAAGUCAAUGACUUGUCCUUGUUGCAUGUGUUGGUGGUGUCUAACAUGCAGAGAACAAAAUCUACGGUGCACGUACAUAUGUGGCGACAUGGUGAUGGUGUGUGGCGCACGUAUCUUACCUUGGACACAGACCAGCUCCUUGAUCCACGACGGGAACCAAAAUCUGUGCUCGCCAACAAUAAAAUCUACAUAGCAAGCGCCCAGAGCGACAUUGUUGUCUUUGAUUUGAUUGCCUCGAGCAUCUCUAUGUUUCAGCUCCCACAAGGGGUGGAGUAUGGCGAUACAGAUACCAUGUUGGCACAGGCUCAGGAUGCUUCUGGUGUGUAUCUCAUCCAUGCAAAGAAGCUUCAGCUUCACAUUUGGCUCCACAAGGGGGACAACUGGUUACUGGUGGACACCAUUUGUUUGCGUGAGAUGGUAGCUAAUAUGUGGAUUCCAGGUUACAGGGUUGAAGAUGAUUCCUACGCUCCUCUCCGGAUAAAGCAUGUGGGGGACCAUGCUGAGUUUAUGUUCUUGGAGAUGGGUCGAUGCGCACUUCAAUUAGAUGUCAAGUGCAUGCAGUUGCGUAAAGUGUAUGUCAUGGCAGAAGAAGAAGUGCGUUUGGGUGAUAUCCAUCCUCUUAAGAUGAUUUGGCCGCCCAUAUUCCCUGCGCUCAAGGAUAAUCCUGCAAGCUCCAAAUAAAUUUUCAUGGAGGGGGCAAAGCUCAAGUUAGAAGAGUUGCAGGGGAGCCAGUCAGCACCAUUUGAUAGAUGAAUUGCAAGUGCAAGUGUACGAAGAGGAGAGGAUUGCACAGUAGUCAUGGAAGAACAAGAUUCAACUGGAGGCCAAGCUAGCAUUUAGGGAUGGGAGGAUAGAAGAGCUGGAAGGGAAGGUUGAAGAACAUGAUAAGAAGGAUGUUGCGCAACAAGAGCUCAAAGUCGCGGAGAUAAGAUGAUCAGAUUUUCAGUGGCAUCUGCCUUAACUUGCAUUUAUGUUAAGUUGUGACUAGUAAGGAAUCAACAAGUGAUUAUGUGAAAAGUGAAUGUUGAAUUUUAGAUCAUUGCUUUGCGAAUAACAACUCUGUCCAAACAUGUUUUUUUUUUCAUAUUAAUGAAUGGUGUUUUAGAUA